CUUCCGACACAAAAUUCAAGUCUCACACACAACAUACCCGUUGCAUUCAACAACAAGAAGAGGGAAACCUCUUCAUUUUCAUUUUCAAAUUCAUCACUCACUCCAAAAUGAGACAACCCACCACCACCCACCGUCGCCAACCCAAAGACACCUACCCACCACCAACCCCUCUCAACCACCGCGACUCCGACAUCAGUCUCGUCAGCAGCCGCCCCUCCUCCGUCGGAAUCCCCUCUUUCGACCUUUACAAAGACCGCUCCUAUCAACAAUCCGCCGUCGCAACCAUCAACUCCUUCCUCUCCUCUCACAAUUUCCACAUCUCUUUCAAAUCUUCUCCUUCCCCUUCCGCUAAACAGAUCCACGAAACCCUAAUUUUCCUUACCAAACUCCUUGAAUUUCCUGUUACAAAACUCGAAGACGAUCUUCCUUUACUUCUCAAACUCUUCAACUACCCUUUUAAACUUAAUAAAUCCAUUCUUAAAAACCCUGCUACCCCGCAUCAAUGGCCUUCAAUGCUUUGUCUUAUUCAUUGGCUUGUUCAGAUUUGUAAUUUUAACUUAUCUCUCUCCAAUUCCUCCAGUACAACAACUAUUCUUCAUAACAAUAAUAUUCUCUUUGGAUAUUGUUUGAAUAGUUAUCUUAAUUUUAUUAGAGGCGAUGACGAGGCUAUUCUUGAUAUGGAGGAUCAAAUUCGCCAAAAGAUUCUUCAUGAGAAAUCUGUUGCUCAGGAGAAGCUGGCUGCUGUGGAGCUAACUGUUGUUGAAUUGGAGGCGCAAUUGGAGGAAGUGAGAUCCGCGCCGUCUAAGAAGGAUGAGCUUGAGAAAGAGAAGGCUGUGUUGGAAGGUGAUGUGAAUAAGUUUCAUAAGAUAAUCGAGGAGUUUGGGUCAAGGAUUGAUCCGCUGGAGAGGGUUUUGAUGGAGAAGGAGAAGCAAUUGGAGGCUAAGGUGGUGGAGAAUGAGAGGAUUGUUGAGGAGAAUGAGGAGCUUAAGAGUAAAGUGGAGUUGCAGACUUUUAAUGCGAGAGAUGUGGAUAGGAUGAAGAAGGAGUUGCAGGCUGCUGAGAGGGAUGCUAGUGAGGCGGAACUUGCUAGAAAUGCUUGGGAGGAGAAGUGUUGGGAAGUUGAUAGCACUCUCGCGCAUAAGAUCAAAGACUUAGAGGCUCUCUCCAUCGAUUGCAACCUGGCCCUUAGGAGGUUGAAGAUUGGUAAUGACAUUCAGUAUGUGUUGAAUCCCAAGGGAACCACGCCUGCUGAAAUCAUGGGUUUUGAUUACAAAGUCAUGCUGAAGCCUGUACUUGAAUCCUAUGCUGAUGACAUCAAGAGAAGUUCGGUGGUGAAAUUGGAAGAGUUGGUUUCCCUUCAGAAAAAGUCCGCUGAAAAUGCUGCUAGGCUUGAGGGGAAAAGAAAUCAACUUGCUGCACUGCAGUCACGCAUUGAUCAACUGGAAACUCAAAGGGACAUGAUAAAGAAAGAAACACAGGACUACAGAAAUAGAUGUUCUGCCGAAGCUAAGAAGAUAUCGGACGAUAUCCAGCUAGCUGAUCAUGAUGUGGGCAUUAUGGAAAGAGAGGCAGCUGAGGUUCUAAAGGCAUCUGAAUUGAAGUUGCAGGAAACAAUUAGACAAACUGAUGAAGAAAUUCAAAUGCAUGCCGGUGAACUUUUUAAGUUGAUUGAUGCCGUCUCAAAGUAUAAAGAACAUGUGGGAUCUAAAGUUUCAGAGAUUAGAAGCGGGCUAUCGGAAACUGUAACUGAAGUCUCAAAUAUAUACAGAGAUUCAUUCCCCGAAAAAUAUAGUUAUAUAUUGGAGGCACGCCGUAAAAUUCAGAGAAUUGAAUGAGCGAAGCUUCAUGUUGACACAGUCUUCUUAGUUCCUGCUUGCUUCACUUGAUUGUUCUACUUUUAAAUAUGAGUAUGUGGUUAAUUGAAAGUAGGUGUUAGUAUUGGGUUGUAACUAGUAGUCAUUAAAUUUAAUGACUGUGUCUAAUCAUUGUCUCAGCCUCCAUAUUUUGCUCUUGUAUUCACCUUGUUCCAUCAAUUUGAUGUAAAGAUGCUGCUGAUUGAAGAAAGAUAAUAGAAAAUGUAGGCAUUCGAUUUUAUCUAUAUCUAUGCUACGUAUAACAAUAUAUUCUA